ACUGUGCCGGCAGGUGUCGCUGUUCUCCAGUGUCACCCAACUCAACUCACUGAACUCGCUUGUAAAACCUGCUUCUGUCGUGGGUUUAGUUUCCCUCUCUGGGUGUUGACGGAGCUGAGUGUCUCAGAGUUGUGUGGUUUGUUUCUCUUCACUUGAGUAUUUCAGCAUUUUCCGUGAAUGUUUGGGGUGAAGAGGGAUAAAACCCGGGUAGCGCAGUUCUCCGCUGACGUCAUGACGCAGCGCGCAGCCGAGUCUGUUUCGAUUGGACCGUUCCCAGAGAGGAAGAGAGCGCCCUCGCCUCGCCUGCGGAGCAGAGAUGGCGCCGCGCUUCCCUCCCAUGGAAUCCGAGGAUGCGUGACGAGUGUCCUCGGCGCUCUUGGCAUCCCGACGUUUCCUAGCGCCGCAGGUGCCAGACAUGGGGAAGGACGGCGGCGAGGGCGGCGGGGCGAACCGAUGCGCCUUCAAAUGGACUAAAGAGCAAACCGAGGUCUUCAUCCGUCUGCGAGCCAAACACAGUGCUCUCUUCACUGGAGGGAGAGACACGGCAGCUAAUGGCUACAGAACUAUUCUGGAGGAGAUGGGCUUAGUGGGCAAAAUAAGUAACCUGCAGGCAAAAAAGAAGUGGGACAACCUGAAGAUGAAAUACAAAGAGUGCAAGUGUCCCCCUAAAGGAUGGGGGUCCGAAGACGUGCUGCCCACCCCGGCCACAUGGCCCUGGUUUGACCUCAUGGACCAGGCUCUGGGACAGGGCUCGUCCCUCAUGCCCGUCUGCCUGAUCGCCUCCAUCCCCGAGGACACGCCGGGCCUGCGCUCCGUGCAGCCUGCCGAGCAGGCGGAGGCGGAGGGGGAGGAGGAGGAGGAGGAAGACGGGAAGGAGGAAGCAGAAGUGAAAGAGGAGGAAGAGGAGCGAGGCAGCGGCAGCAGCAGCAGCAGAAAUUCCCUGGCCCCACGGGGGAGGAAGAGGAGGUGGGAGGAAGACCCCUUCAUCACCCUGUACAGGGAGGAGCUGAAAUACCAGCGGGAGAUGGAGGAGAGGCGGGCGGCGGAGGCCAACAGACGCGCCGAGCGCUUCUUUGACUUGAUGGAGAAGCUCAUUAAAAAAUAAUUUCUCACAAAAACCUGACGUGAACCUCAUGAAUGGAGAGACGAGGGUAUGAACAGAAGCUCCCCGUCCUGUGCAUGAGGCACCUUCUGCCUGCAGAGAGACGCAGGCGGCACACAGAUCACAGUUGCUCAUCUCAGUGAAUCGCACCAAAUAUGAGAGUGAACUGAAGACGCAAGUUGAUGAAGGAAGAGCAACGUGUAUUUUCAGACAACCCAUUUGACAUGGUGUCUCACAGGGCUUCUUCCGUGAUGAAUAUGAACACUGAACAUAUGACACGCUACAAGAACCUGUCGCCUGGCAAAACCCUUCUGGAGUGAGCGUAUAGUGAGGAAGACUUGACAGCCUCAAACCGGUCCUCAGAGGGCAGCAGUGUGGUGCAGGUGUCCGUUCCUGCCAGGUGUCUGAAGACUGUCAGCGGUUGGGUUGUGAGUCAGGUGCCAGGCUUUUAGCUAGGAUUGUGAAACGGGGCGUCCAAAACCCCGCCCCCAAGCCAUAACCCCGCCCCCUCCCAACACACCACGUCAAUGACUGACAACUAACCACUUGCUUUGUAACAAACACAGCUGUAAACAUCUAUUUGUCCCAAAAUAACUUAAUAAACAACAGACAAACAAGCAUCUGAGUCAAAUAACACGGUAACACUGUGAGAUGCAGGGGUCUCUGGGCGACUGUUUUACUUGACUGACCCUCAUUCAUUUAAAUAAUAACAAUAAUAAAAACAUGUUGAUGAUGAUUCCUUCCCUCACUACAAGCCAUGGUGUGUCCAGCCUUGUGUCUCCGUCUUGUUCCAUAUAUUGAUGCCAGAUAAGCAGUUGUUUUCAGCUGUGAUGCUAAACUGUCACCACCACAACAUUCAUUUAUCAUGGCUUGUCGCGUGAUUCAGUCAGUAGAACGACGGGAAUUCUCAUCCCUGUGAAGCUAUUUUGCUCACAUUCUGAAAGGGCUGUGUGUUCGUCCGCCUGCCGCUGGGAUGCGGUGAGCGGACGAACACGCAGAAAAUUCCCAUUAGAAAGCAAUGAGUUAGUUUCGUGAAGGACUGUUUCAAUUUUGGAACUGAUCUGCGGUUUCCUCCUGUUAGCAGCGUCACACAUCCCAUCAAGAGCAGCUUCCAUCACGCCA